CUGACGAGACGCUCCGGAGCGGACUCCUUCCGGAUUUAUUUUUGUUGGUUGGGUUGUGAUGGCGCGAAGGGUCGGGUAGUGUGACAGUGGCGUUGCCGGCAGGGUUUUCCGCGUAAGGGGGGCAGACGCCCCGGAUUCGGCAUCACGAUUUUCGGCGACAGUCACAAGAUUGCGGGUGGGGGAGGCAGAGGCAUGUUCUGCUACCACUGCCCGCCCGCCUUGCACCCCGGAGCGCCCCAGCCGCGACUCCCCACCCUGGAGUACCCCUUCACCCCGACGCACCCCUAUACGAGCUACUCCUACCAUCCGGCGAUACACGACGACACGUUUGUGAGGAGGAAACAAAGGAGGAACAGGACCACGUUCACGCUUCAGCAGCUGGAGGAGCUGGAGAGCGCGUUCGCUCAGACGCAUUACCCGGAUGUCUUCACCAGGGAGGAUCUGGCGAUGAAGAUUAACUUGACGGAGGCGAGGGUGCAGGUCUGGUUUCAAAACAGACGCGCCAAAUGGCGCAAAGCCGAGCGCCUCAAAGAAGAGCAGCGGAAAAGAGACGGCCAAGACGUAGUCAAGCGGGACCAGGAAGAAACCAAAGAAGAGAAAGUGGACGAGACGAGUUCCCCGGAAGUGAUGACCGCUCCAGACGAAGAAAUGGGCAGAGAGUGUUCCAGCAGGAGCAGCGGUCGCGAAACGCCGGAGCAGAGACCCGUGGAGGCGUCUCCCGAUCCCGCGUCGCCCCAGAGUCCCGCCGCCUCCGCCUCAUCGGAGCCGCCAAGGCCGGGACCGCCGCCAUUUUCGCACAUGUUUCCGUUCGGGGACAGUGCCACGGGAUUUCGUCCGGUCCUCGACGGCAACGCCGCCACCCGGAACACGCCGCCCCUCUUCUUCCCGCCCCACCUGGCCUCUCAUAUAUCAUCGCAAUUUUCGCCGCCUCUGUUCCCGACACUAAAAGGAUUUCCCGGGCUCUGCUCCUGCUGCCCCAUCAAGCCGAUGGCCGGCCUGCUGCCAUCUGGCGACGGCUCUCAGAUCUCGCCAUCCGGCGGCGACCAGCGUUCGUCCAGCGUCGCCGAGCUGCGUCGGAAAGCGCAGGAACAUUCCGCCGCCCUCCUGCAGAGCCUCCAACACGUGGCGAACUUCCAGCAGGCGGCGGGUUUGGCGGGAGGCCUCAACUUUCCCCUUCUGCCGCCAUUGACUCUGCAGGCGCUGAAUAGGAAGCACGAAAUGCCGGAAACGGCCACUAAUAGCAAGGAGCCGACGACGUAAUCGCUGUGUUUGGGGGAUUUCGUACUUAGAAGGAGAACGGGAGGAUGUACAUAGUGUGAACAAUGCAUUGAGCAAAGACAGUAUGAGGACGAGUGCAAUGACUGCGGAGAACACCAAUCGGAGGAGAUGUUCGGAUAGUUUUAAUGGAAAUAUUUUAAUUGUUUGUCAAGGUUAAGGGGGGCUCAGACGGCGAGGCAGUUUUAAAAGAAUGUGUAAAGUAAUUUUUUUUCAUUCACUUAUUUAAUGCGCGAUUCCUCAUUUUAAUAAUUCUUUGAAAUUCCAUUUCAGUUAACCUAAUGUCAAAUGACAGAAAGUUAGCUAAAUUAAAACACGAAUACAUUAUAUACAGGGUGUUCCACUUUACUAUUAUCAAAGUUCGAUUAUAAACUUUUCUAUUUGUUGUUGUUGCAUUGGAAUUAACUGAUAUUUUCCAAACUUUUCAAAGCCCACGCAAACCUUAAAUUUAAAUACAAAAACAUAAUACCUAUAUAACCUAGAUUUAAGUAGUCUUAAUAAGAAUAAAAAACACAAGAGCUACAGUUUAGUCAGGUCAGCUCAAAAAAAAAACUAUACACAACAAAAAAAAGUAACAAAAAUAGAUAAUAAAACAAACUGAAUAGAAAAAUAUCCAAAGAUACUUAUACAAAUGUGUUAACAUUUAUCUCACAUUUUAUUAAAAAUCUAGCAAAGAAAAAAUGAUAAGUAGUUUAUAUUACCAUUAAUCACCUGGUUUCGCAAAAAUAUAUAUAACAUAGUUAUCG